UAUGACCCGGAAAUUGAUUCGUUUUAGCAGUCGUGGUUGUUGUUUCGAGAUAGAGAGAGAGAGAUAGUAGGAGAAGUGGCGUUCCCUUUUCCCUGGUCGGAAUGGAGGGUCAUGGUAUCCUGAAAGCAUUCCCUAAAGUAAAGAGACCACGGCCUAAUGAUGGGAAGGAUGAGCCUCCUCUCAAGAAGACGUCUGCUGAAUCAACAAGAGGCACGGUUUUCCAGGGAGUCACAGUAUACAUAGUUCCAGCUGGUAUAGGGAAAGCCAGGUGUGACAUAUUCCAUCGACAGAUCACCCAAAAUGGAGGGCAGUUAGUGACCGUGUUCUCUCCCAGCUGCACCCAUGUUGUGGUGGAUGAUUCUGUUGAUUGUCAGAGAGCUUUGAGACUCUUGAAAGUAGAACGACUGCCCUCUGCUGUUCAGCUGAUCAAAUGCACUUGGUUGAGUGCUUGCAUCAGUGAAAAGAGAUUGUUAGACCCUGAAGACUACAGCCUUCCUGCAGAGAGUCCCACAAUUGCUGCUGCUGAGGAGCCAACGGAGACUAUAGUUGCCCCAGUCUCGGAGGAAGCAGCAAAGGAUGCUUUGGUUCCAACUCAAGAAAAUCUCACAGAGAUGGUGCCAGAAAUUCAGGAAGAGCACCAUGAUGAAGACGGAGUAUCUCAGAACGAUCUGGAUGCCUUAAUCAGUGGCAUUCACCCAUCUGAAAGCAACCAAGACCAGACCCAAAGUUUGGCAGACAAUCCAUUUAUGCCUGCGAAGUGGGUCUGUUCCCAGCCAUCCACAGCUAAAGUGGAGAAUCAUAACAAGCACAUUACUGACAAACUGGAGCCACUGGCUAAGGCCUAUAGACACACCGGUGAUAAAUGGAGAGCUCUGGGCUACUCUAAAGCAAUCAACGCCCUUAAGAGCUACCAUAAGCCCAUUGCUUCAUAUGAUGAAGCAUGUAAAAUUCCAGGUAUUGGUAAACGGAUGGCAGACAAGAUCAUGGAAAUCAUGGAAAGUGGACACUUGCGUAAACUGGACCACAUUGGGGAGGAAGUGCCUGUUCUCGAAAUGUUCACCAACAUCUGGGGUGCCGGGACAAAGACUGCACAGAUGUGGUAUCAGCAGGGAUUUCGCACAUUGGAGGACAUUCGGACUAAGGCCGUUUUGAAUAACACUCUAAGGAUCGGACUAAAGCACUAUGAUGAUCUGCUUGAGCGGAUGCCGAGAAGUGAAGCAAAUGCGAUUGAGAAAACGGUAAGGGAGGCAGCACACAGUGUGGAUGCACAGCUUGUGGUUGUUUUGUGUGGCUCUUACCUCAGGGGGAAGAGCACGUGUGGAGAUGUGGACGUUCUCAUCACUCAUCCCGAUGGAAAAUCACACAAAGGUGUUUUCAGCAAAGUGUUACACCUCCUCCAUCAGAGUGGUUUCUUAACAGACGAUCUUGUUAGCAGUGAGGAGAAUGGUGAGCAGAAGAAGUACAUGGGUAUCUGUCGACUUCCAGGCCCUUCACAGCGCCACAGACGCUUAGAUAUUAUUGUAGUGCCCUAUGCUGAAUAUGCAUGUGCUCUUCUAUACUUUACUGGCUCUGCCCACUUUAACCGAUCAAUGAGGGCAUUGGCUAAAACCAAACACAUGAGCUUAUCAGAGCACUCGCUGAACUGUGAUGUCGUCCGGCAGCAAGGUGUGAAACUGGUGGCCGGUACUCCUUUACACACACCUGCUGAGACGGAUAUCUUCAAACACCUUGGCAUACCUUAUAGAGAACCAAACGAAAGAGACUGGUGACUGCAAAUUUGGCAUGGGAAUUAACUAUAUGAAAUCAUGCUGUUGUAAUUGCAUUUUAACCCUUUAAGCUUGGAUGGGCUAGGGGUCUGCACAAGCCUUAAAAUUAAACCUGGCCUGUACCCGAGACCAUGUGGCCCGACCCUACUCUGCACGAACGAUACCGCCAAAUUUUAAGCCGAAACCGAAAAUGCUUACUAUCAUUUCUUCUAGCAAGUACUGUUGCAAUAGACUGUAUUUUAUGUAAGCAUACAGGCAACAUUCAUAACAGUACUGAAACAGUAAACAUACACUGUUUUAACAAGGCAUAGCAGCCCCUUAGUACACUAGAGCAGAAAGGGAAAAAAGCAUUGCCUUACCGUUUAUUUGCUGAAACUUCACUUGGUGCUGUGCAGAACAAUCUGGAAUAAUAUGAAAAACUGCAAUAGUCCCCUCUAUGCAGCCUGAACUUGUUUAGAUUGUUGGAAACUUUGUGACAACUGCGCUAAAAAUAAUCUAGACAGUGCAAAGAACGAAACAGAACACAGGUGUCUAGACAUGCGUUUUUGAGUUUUUUUGUGUCUUUUUAACUUGAUGUGGUGUUUAAAAUGUGCCGGUCCAGCGCGAGAUGCUGAAGAAAAAGUGAGAGGCGAUGCAAAUGUCAAAGACAUCCAUCCAUCCAGCAUGUGUUUACAUAGGAAAAAAAUGGGAAAACAGAACAGAUGCGCACAAAAACAGGUUUGGUGUAAACAGCCACUAACUUGUCCUUUCGUACGUGUCUGAGUGAGCGUGUGUGUGUGAAACAAGUCUGUUAAGCUUGUUUAUUUUUUCAUUCAUUACAAUCCCAAACCCAAAGUCCUACUUGAAUAACUGACCCAAACCCGGACGAAACCCAUCGUGCCCUGGUCGGGUUGCAGACCUCUAGGAUGGGCCCACCAAGAAGAAAAAAGUCAAAAUAUUAAGAACUCCAGUCUUGACCAACAGAAAAUAGAUAUCUUUUGAAAGCUUAGAAACUCUACAGGGCAUGUAGGCAUUAUGACAAAACAGUUUUUCUCACAGACAAAAAUAUAGCGAGUAAUAGCAAAUAUAUGUCUUUGACAUUUAUGUUUCAUGUGACUAAACCAACUGGAUUGGGUUCAGAUCGGUGCAAAAAGUCCUCCAUAUUUGGGCAGGGAGACUUGUGAUUGGUGACUGUUACAUAUGGCCACCAAUAGAUAACACACAUUUACAAGUACAUGACACAGACUUGAUGGCUCAUUCUUUGAAAUGUAAUUACUGAAAUCAUGUCUGCAUGCUAUGCAAACCUUUAAUCAUUGUUGUGUUUGCAUGUGUAAUGUUUCUUAUGUACAAUUAUUAUGUUUUAUUUGUUUGAAGAGGCUUUUGGACACUUGGAGAUGUUUUUGGAAUCUACAAUAAUUAUUUUUUUUUAAUACUAUAACUUGAUUGCUUUGUUGAAUCAAAACAAAAUUGUACUCAGUUACAGUUGACAUGAUUGGGAACAAAACCAAAAGGUUUUGUUUUUUGGAGCCACAUUAUUUACACCUGAAUAAUGUAAAAUCAGAAAAAAGAAAGUUUUUGGCUUGUGUUUUUGUUAUUUUUCAGCAGUUUCUUUGGCUGAGAAUCCCAGAAUUGAUCAUAAUCUACAUCAUUCAAAAAUGUAUUCUUUCAAUGAUAUGACCCUCCUAUUUUUUUUUAUUUAUUUUUUUUAUGUUGGGUUAAAAUCCUUUUAUUUUGGGUAUGUCACUGAAACAGGAAAUCUUUUAUUUUUUUUAAACACCCCUCAGAUCUUAAAGGGUUAAAUGUGGGAUUAAUGGGCAGGCCCAUAUGGAAUCUGCAGACACAGAGUUCUGCAGAAAAGAACAUUUCUGCAAUGAUACACAAAUUUCCUCAUAUGCCCAGCAUCUUGCAUGUUUGUUUAUUAAAAAUGUUGCUAACUUGUUUAUUAUUUUUUAGUAGUCAUUAAGACUGAAGUACUCUCACUCAUAGUGUGCUUAACACAUUUUAUGUUUAAAUAAAUUCAUCAGAAUUUCCAAUAAAUCAGUGCAGAAAAUGCCAAAAGUCAGCAGAUUCCUUAUAGGCCUAGUAAAGGUUCCUGCACUGUUGUCAUGAAUUGUAUUUAAUUAAGUCUGUCAUGAUAUCAGUAGCGUCAAUAUUCUUUUACAAAGGACAUUUGAUUGUGUGCAUUUUAAUGUGAAACAUUUUUUUUUCCUUUUGAAGUAUGCCAAUUAAAAUAUGCAAAAUAAUUAAAG